AUGAGCAAAUUGAAUCAGUUGCACGUUUUAAGUUUCUUUGUCGUCGGCAAGCACGAAGACAAUGGAAUCCAGGAGUUAGGAGGGCUGGUAAAUCUUCAUGGAUCCCUUGAGAUUAAGAAGUUGGAGAAUAUUGAUGAUGUAAAAGAAGCAAAGAGUGCAAAGAUAAUGGAUAAGAAGCACAUUGAUGAAUUAUGUUUGGAAUGGUCUUCAGGUGAUGAUUUGGUUUCAAGUACACAAAAAGAAAAAGACAUCCUCGAUAACUUGCAACCGACGAAUGGGUUGAAAGAGUUGAAAAUCAGGGGAUAUAAGGGUACAAUAUUUCCAGAUUGGUUGGGGAAAUGUUCUUACCAAAACAUGACAAGUGUAUCUCUAGUGUCUUGCAAGAAUUGCUGCAUGCUGCCUUCACUUGGACAGCUGCCAUCUCUUAAGUCCCUAUACAUUAAAGGUUUGGAUCAGCUGAGGAGUAUUGGGGAGGAGUUUUACAAGAAUGAAGGAGAUCAUCAUUCUUCGCAUAUUGCACUGUUUCCCUCACUGGAGACUUUGGUAUUUGAUAGCAUGCCAUGUUGGGAGGAGUGGCACGUACCUGAGUCGGAAACAUUUCCUCAACUUAGGAACCUUGAAAUAACAAAUUGUCUAAUGUUGAAGGAAGAGAUGCGUAAUCAGGUAUUCUUCAGAAUCGUUUCUUCUUUGUCGGAUGUUUCCAAAGUUCGCGAACUACAUAUACGUGAACACGGUAACCUUUUUGGACCGGCUGACACCAUGAAUCUUGAUGGGGAUAGUUUAACGAUUAGAGGACGUGAAUCUGUGAGGGAGUCUGCAUUAAAGGCAAUGAUGAGCAUGAAUCAUCUAAGUUGCCUGCAAAAAAUGGACAUCUCAGGGUGUUCCUCUCAUGUAUCCUUUCCGGGAAAUUGUUUUCCCAAAUCUUUGCAAAAGCUGAAACUCUGCAAGUGUAGUAAACUAGAAUUCCCGCAGCUACAGCAGCACAAGUAUGAUUUGGUAGAGCUACAAAUAGAAGAGAGCUGUGAUUCACUGACCUCCUUGUCGUUGGAUGUCUUUCCCAAUCUCAAGAAUCUCCAGAUAUAUAAGUGUAGGAAUCUGGAAUCAGUGUCAAUGUCAGAGGCACCACAUGCUGCUCUUCAACGUCUCAUAAUCUGGGGGUUGGCAGAGGGUGGUUUGCCGCCUAACUUGAAAUCACUUGGUGUGGGAGGUUAUGACUGCGACAACAUAAAGUCAUACCCAGAGGUGGGUUCGCUGCCUCACCAUUCCUCCCUUACCACUCUCACGAUAUGGUGCUUCGAUAAUCUGGAGACAUUGGAGUGCAACGAGCUUCUCCGCCUCACCUUCCUUCAACAAUUGCACAUUUCAUUCUGCCACAAGCUGGAGAAUAUGGAAGGAGAAAAGCUGCCUCCCUCUCUCUUGCUACUCAAAAUUGAAGGGUGUUGUUUGCUGGGAGAACACUGCAAGAACAAGCAUAAACUAAUCUGGCCCAAAAUUUCCCACAUUCGCACCAUUCAAGUGGACUCCAAACAAAUUGUCUGA